CAUUCUCCCUCUUUCUCAUCCUCCCUGUCUUUCAUUGGGAUAGUAGUCGGGCUUAGAGGUGUUGUGUUUGCUCAAUAAUUGUCCACUUGCAAUGAUUUAUACAUUAAACCGUCUCUUCUUUCGUAAUGACCUGGCAAUUUAAUGGAUACUUUUGUCAUUAUGGCUGAGGUUCACAGGGAAAAGAGAAGAACUCCUUUCUUUUGAGGAUAUUAAAAAAAAAUGAGUGAUAUAACAGCAUCUGACAGCUCAAAUUCUUUCUUCAGUUUCCUUGGAUUACCAAAAAAAGAGGUUCUGGAGAGUUGAGAAUGCCUUUUCUGAGUAUGUCUAAAUGUACCUGGAACUGGCCUUUCAUGGAAUUCUUUACUAUUCCCUCCUGGCUUUCUGCGGGAGAAGUUCACCGUUGGCUUUUUUUGGAACAUUCUGGAGGACUUGAAGUGCAGAUGUGAUUCUUGGCAGCUCUAGGGUUGUGCAAAAAACUCCCUGUUGGAUUGUGUUCAGAUUUGCUGCAAAAUUCCUGCUAUUGUGGAUUUGACUGUAGAGCAAAUUUAAAGGACAGUGCGGACUUCAUAUGGACACAAUUAGAAAACAGAAUCAUUAGAAACCAGCUCAUAAUUUUAUCUGAAUCACUAUAUAUCAUUAGAGAGAAAAGGAUUGUUCAUUACUCUAAUUUUGGCCAUGGUUGUAAAUUGUUAACCGUUGUUAACUAGUGUUAGCCAGUGUUAACCGGUGUCCUCAUGGCGUGUGAACAUUGUCCUCUGACUGGAGCAGAGAAGGCUGUGUGCAGACUAGUCCACCACGGACCCAGACCACAGGCAGUUCUAAGGCCUUUACACCUGGAGCUACAGGUGUACGUGGACAAAACACGAACCAGGCAAAAGCACAGGAUGGAGGCUUCCUGUUUGGAGUUGGCCUUGGAAGGAGAACGACUGUGCAAAGCAGGAGACUUUAAAGGUGGAACAGCGUUUUUCGAAGCAGCCGUGCAGGUUGGAACAGAAGAUCUGAAGACCCUCAGUGCCAUUUACAGCCAACUGGGAAACGCCUACUUUUAUCUGAAGGAGUACGGCAAAGCUUUGGAGUACCACAAGCAUGACCUUACUUUGGCCAGGACAAUAGGAGACAGAAUUGGAGAAGGAAAAGCCAGUGGUAACCUCGGUAACACGUUAAAAGUGUUGGGGCGCUUUGACGAGGCUGUUGUCUGCUGCCAAAGACACCUAGAUAUUUCACAAGAGCAGGGCGACAAGGUCGGAGAGGCCAGAGCGCUGUACAACAUAGGGAACGUGUUUCAUGCUAAAGGCAAACAGCAGCUGUGGGGCUGCACCCAGGAACCAGGAGACCUGCCCCCCGACGUCAGAGACACCCUGCAGAGGGCAACAGGGUUUUAUGAGAUGAAUCUGUGUUUGGUUAAAGAACUCGGUGACAGAGCUGCUCAGGGGCGGGCCUACGGUAACCUGGGCAACACUCACUACCUGUUGGGAAACUUUGUCGAAGCAAUCAAAUUCCACCGUCAGCGAUUAUCCAUCGCCAAAGAAUUUGGUGACAAAGCAGCUGAACGGCGAGCCUACAGUAACCUUGGAAAUGCCUUGAUAUUCCUGGGCCAGUUCAACACGGCCACCGAGUACUACAGGAAAACAUUGCAGCUGUCGAGGCAGCUGAGGGACCAGGUGAUGGAGGCUCAGGCCUGUUACAGUCUGGGAAACACUUACACUCUGCUGCAGCAGUACGACAGGGCCAUCGAGUACCACCUGAAACACCUGUACAUAGCCCAGGAGCUCACCGACAGGGUUGGUGAAGGUCGGGCGUGUUGGAGUCUAGGAAACGCAUAUGUGUCUUUAGGAAACCACAAACAAGCUCUGCACUACGCCAGAAAACACCUGGACAUCUCUAAAGAAAUUGGAGACAGAAAUGGAGAACUGACAGCGAGAAUGAAUGUGGAGCAGCUGAUGGAAGCACUAGGGGUCAACGAGAGCGACCUUUCACCCUCAAGUUCAGAGUUUGAGAUGCAAGGAGCAAGGCCCAAACUGACCAAGAGAAACAGCAUGGACAGUGUGGAACUAUGGAAAUACUCUUCAAAUAAGAACGGUGAGAACCAAGACUUGGAGAGUAUACCCAGGAGGUCCAAAAGUCAGCAGUCCCAGUUUGGGAAAAGGAAAGGCUAUCCGGACAGUCAGUCGUCAGAUGAACGGCCGUGGCUGGACUCUCCUGUCGACACUGAUGACAUCACCGUGCAAGUCCCGCCCCCAGUGCCAAAGCUGGGCCGUGACCCGUCUGAUGAGGACUGCUUCUUCGACCUCCUUAGUAAGUUCCAGAGCAGUCGUAUGGACGAUCAGCGCUGCCACCUCGAUGAGCCACAAAACGGAGACAACGGAGACGGUGCUGCUGAUUCUGUUCCAUCCUUGAACGAGAUGAUAGAUCCUGCGAACACCACUUCCCCCCAGACGGAGGAGCUGUUUGACUUGAUUGCGAGCUCCCAGAGUCGUCGUCUUGAUGACCAGAGGGUGAACGUUGGGAACCUUCCCGGACUGAGGAUUACCCAUAACAACCUGGGUCACCUGGUGGGGGAGGGAGACCAUCAAGAACCCAGCGAUGACUUCUUUAACAUGCUCAUCAAAUGCCAGUCGUCCAGGAUCGAUGACCAGCGGUGCUCCCCACCUGAAGGGGGCCCCCACGCCCCCACGGUGCCUGAUGAAGACUUCUUCAGUUUAAUCCAGAGGGUGCAGGCCAAACGUAUGGAUGAGCAGCGCGUCCAGCUCCCCACAGACGAACAGGACACACCCCCGGAUCCUGAGCCGCCGGGGGGGUUUUCCAGAUAGGACUGAUUGAAUGAAGCUGCACACUUCCUUGUCAAAGAAAAGCAAACCAGAAAAAAUAAGAGCACGACGAGCCAACAUUUGACAACAGGACCCAAAAGUAAACUAACAACGUCUGUUAAUAACAACCCCAUGUGCAAUAGGUGGCGCCCUGUCAAAUGUUGCUCUUUGUAUUAUGUUCGAAAUGUAUGUUGAUAUAACAUUGAAAAAGGUACAUUUAAAGUUGGUUAUGUGAGAAAAUAAUAUAAGUUGGAUUUUUUUUACUAAUUAGUAAUGAUUUUUCAUCUUAAUAACAUGAAGUAACAUGAAAUAUGUAAUCUAAUGCCUUAAUCAGCAUCUUGUCAGACUUACGAUUGUAUCCCUGUUGGUUUUAGAUGCGCACGACGGGUGAACAGUGUGUGGAGGACUAAUGUGAAGAGCUGAGAGUUUUGGAAAUCCCAUUUAUUUAUUUAGAAAAGUAUCUGAACACACAUCAGUAGGCAGAUUAUCUCCUAAAUGAUGACACAUAAGCAUUCAACAGACGUGAAUGUUUUAGUUAAAUGAUUUGACCAGGAUUAGAUUUGUGAUCACAUGUAUUAGUUGUUAUUUUUUUUUAAAUCAAUGAUGUUUAUCUUUUCCACCACCAUUAAAAGACUGGUAUUAUAGUGCAGUAACAGUAUUAGAAAGAAACAGCCAGUGUUAAACAAACAGCUUUGUUCAGAUGAAAAUGUACCAAUUAUUCGGAGAAAAAUUAAAAAUCAGUUGAUUUCUUUAAACUUCGACGUGAUUCUCCACGCAAAUAUGAUUUACGUGUUUAUGCAUCACUGAAAACAGUUUUUAUAUAAAUAUAUAAAUACAGUGUGCAGUCACCCAGGUUGCUGAGUAAGUGAUUAUAAAAUAGCUGCUUCUUUUGGUGAUUCAACAUUGUGUGUGAUAAUCUAAGCUCCAGUUAAUGUUUCUGCUUUUGCUUUUAAAGUGACCAACGAUGUUCUGAACAUCUGAAAACAAACUACUGCUUACUACCAUUACUAAAAUAUAACUUAGACACAGAGAAGGAAGAUGAACAAGUCUGAAGAAUCUAGUAUCAUGAACAAAGUCAAAGCGGUCAUCUGUAGGUUUCACUGCUAGUACGCUGCCUCCCUGUGGUCAAACCUUUGUACUACACCUGUGAAAUACAACAGUACAAUCUCUCCACCGCUGGACUCUCAAACAUAUUCACUGUUUGUGACUGUUUAUAGGACAUGUUUGUAAUGCUUAUAUUUUGCUGAAAGCGUAUUGAUUCUGGGCACUUUCUUAUCAUUUCAAUGGUGACUUUUGUAAUUACUUGUACUACAGCUAUGGAGAUUUUUUUGCAAAUUAUGGUAAAUAUGUUAAAAAAUCAACUCGAGAGGUACAGAACGAUUUUUUUUAAUGUUUGUAAGCUCUUAGAAACAAAUCUUAUUUGAUCUAUGGACUUGCUUUAUAAUUGAGACUUAGUGCAUACCUCAUUUUUGUACCUCGGUGUAAUUACUGAGCCUGAGUUCUGAACCAGGAUGGAUCAUAUAUCGAGUUCACGCUCAUUAUUUUUGAUUCAUGCCUGUUUGAUAAAAAUCACAUUGGGAGCGACAGUAAAUAUUUUCCUUUCCUGUUUUUUGUGAAUUAACAUUUCUAGAGAGUACCUGGUGCGCUAUUUGUCACUGCCAUAAUUUGUACAUACAUGUGUAUAUAUAUAUAUUUUGUAUUUAUGUUCCAUUUGAGGGCAUAAACAUGUCCCCUCAUGCUUUUAAUAAAAUGUUUCAGAUGCUU